GCGAGGGAAGGAGGUGUCUCCUACACAGCCGCUGCACCAAUUCUCCAUGGCAUGGGGUGAGUGUCCUUUGAUGCAAAGGUGCAAAGCCAUCUUCAGGGAUUAAUAAAUUCAACAGGGAAUGGCCUCUUGACAGCCAGCAUUACCCUGCAAGGUACCACCCCUUGUGAUUUUCCAGGCAGAGAGGCACUGCGAACGGCAGCUCUGGCGCAGCAUUGCAGGGCUUCACAGGAUUACUUAUUCACUGUGUUCCUGGAACAGCUCCAAGCUUCCCGUCUCUGCCUCCAGUGUACAAACUCAUCGAGUAUGCAGAAGGCUCACAGCCCCCAAAGGCAAGUGAAGACAGUAGGAAGGUGGUUCAUACUGCAGAUCACGCUGCCUCUGACGGACCUGCGGGGCUGUAUUUCUCAAAAGACUGAACUGGUAUCCUCCCUUCUUCUACCUCCCUAACGUUUAAUCAGGGUAACUAAGGCAGCAGACUCAGUCCGGAUGGAUUUCAUUGCUGGGGCCAUUGGAGGUGGGCUAAGCACAGCAGUGGGUUAUCCGCUGGAUACAGUGAAGGUGAGGAUUCAGACCGAAAGGCGUUACAAAGGGAUUUGGCACUGCAUUCAAGAAACAUACAGAACAGAAAAGGUUUGGGGAUUUUACAAAGGCGUAUCUGCGUCAGUCUUCACAGUAUCACUGAUUUCCUCUGUUUCAUUUGGCACAUACAGAAACUUCCUUCGCAACAUCUGCAAAUUGCGAUAUGGUACUGCAGAUGCAAAGCCAUCCGAGCUGGAUAUUUUUCUUGCGGGAAGUGCUACUGGUGCAGUCCGGGUUAUGUUGAUGACACCUAGUGAGGUAGCUAAAGUUCGAAUGCAAACUCAGAGGCAACCACAUCCUUCUGUGGCAUCUCCCCAACCUAUUUCUAAGCCGAAGUACCAAGGCUCUCUGCACUGUCUGAAGGUGAUCGCAAAGGAGGAAGGUUUUGGGGGUCUCUACAAAGGCUGCUCUGCAUUACUCUGCAGGGAUUGCUCCUCUUCUGCAAUAUAUUUCCUUACCUAUUCUGUUCUGUGUGACUGGCUUACACCAGUGGGGAAAAAAAAACCGGGUUUCGUAGUUGUCCUGCUUUCUGGUGGUUUUGCUGGAGUCCUGGCCUGGGGAUUAGCUACUCCCAUGGAUGUCAUCAAAUCACGGAUGCAAACCGACGAAUCGGGACAGCACAAGUACAAAGGCCUCAUCCACUGCACUAGAGAAAGCGUGAGAAAGGAGGGUGUGAAAGUGCUUUUCAAAGGACUGGGCUUAAACUGCAUUCGUGCAUUUCCUGUGAACAUGGUUGUAUUUGUAACAUAUGAAGCUGUACUGAGGUUUACAGAUCAUCUUACAAAUGAAAAAUAGCUUACGUCACUCUGUUCAGAGGUGUAUUUUGUUUAGUUUGUUUUUUUUUUUUUGUAACACAACAUACAAAAAUAACUGCUGAACUCUGCUCACAUUGCUGGACAGUGUAAGAAGUAUGGAAAUUUCAGCACAAAGCUGGAUGACUGAUCUUUUAGUUUUAUUUUUAUAUGAUCACAAACUCAGAGGAAGCCUCGUACUUGCAGUCAACCUCCCUUUUGUCCUGUUAAUGUACUUAAGACUGCAGCUACUAUUCAUGCCAUUGAAACAUUUGCAAAUAUUUAUGUUCUAAAAGGCUGGUAGUCUGACUAGAGAUUUUUGACAAAAGAUGGAUUUUGUUUUCUAGCAGUACAAAAACUGAUCUUCACUACCGAGGCAAGAGUUGAGGGCAGUUUGUGUGUGUUAGAUUUAACGCUACACAGUGCAUGCUCUUUAUAUUUAAUACAUGGAUUGCCUUCACUUAAUACCUUACAUGUUUGUGCUUCAAGCCACAACGGGCAGAGCUUUCAUUCCUAUCUGUAAUUUUGCCCAAGUGUUCCACAAUUAUAUCCCUUCAGUAGCAGCUGAAAUAUGAAUUGCCUUGCUUUUUACCUGUUGUCUUUAAAUGAAUGGCACAUAGUCUGUUUACAUAAUAUCUCUCUAAUGGCCUCAUUGAAAAUGAAAACAGGCUUCAUUUCCAGUAAAUCAUGUGAUUUUUUUUUUUUCUCCCUGUGCAAUCAUUAGCAGUAACGCUUCAGUCCCCUUCUGGUGGUAGAAGGUACCAUGUUCCUGAAUCUUGAUAAAGCUUUUUGUACAAGCUGUUCUUGUACUGUAAGGAGGGCAGGGAGAGGAGCAAAAACCUUCGCUUCCCAACAGAAAGAUUGCUAUAAGCUCUGUGCACUAGGAGUUAGGUAAAUGAAAGGAGAAGUGCAAAUUGUGUAGUAUAAUUAAGAUUAAUUACUUUAAAAAAGGGUAUACUCUUUUCACUUUAAAAAACACUGUUAGGACUGGCCAAAUGUUUGGGUUUUUUUUUUGUCAAAGUUAUGUUCUGAAGGUAUAAUACUUCAUAAACCUGUCUAUUGGGGCAUGGGGGAAAUACAACUGCUUCAGAAGGAACCUCCCUAAACUCAGAAACACUCUGAUUUGCAGAUCUUGCCUCAGGAGCCGUUUAGAUGUUUUGUAUCUCUAUUUUUCUAUCUUGAUGAGAACAGCUGGAAUGAACUGGAUCUCGCCCCAAAAUUGUGCUAAAAAUGUGCCUUUUUGAAGCAAAAGGGGAAGACUAUUUUUUAAAGGAGUUCUUUUAUUCAGGGCGGGUGAACUUUUGGUCUGCAUCCACUUUUACUGGUUGAUAGCAUGGCCUUGACUACACUAACAGCAAUUGUUCAACAGGCAGGAAUGGCCUGCAAUGCCGCUAUUCUGGAAAUGGAAGAAACGAUCCUGUACUAAAAGGACAAGCUUAAAAAUUUUAAGUGCUACUAGCAAAGAAUAAAAGGGACCUCUUCCACUCCAAAAGACUAGUAAAAAGCUCCAGAACCACCCUCCUGAAGUCUAAGCCUUCAACUUGCUUUUUGAAUUUGUUCACAGCCAUGCUAUCAAAUGACUACCAUGAAUUUUUCUCUCAAGAGCCUAUCAGCUGCUGCAGCCAAGCCAAGAGCAGGUUUAAAAGACCAUAGAUAGGUUCAGAGUAUGUCACCUUAAAAGGGUGUGAAAUGAAAGACGCAACAUAGAAGGUGCUUAUGGACUUAGCAACCUAGUACCCUUGGUUACAUCUUAGGGCAUGAGCAGCAAACUUCCUUUAGUCUGAAAAUCCUUACAACAAAAUAUUUAUUUAAGCCAGCAAGAUUUGAAGUUCCUCUUAAGAUGAUUCUUAAGAGAUUACUUACCCUCACCUCUUUCUACAAGGGAUGCAUUAGACUGAGUGUUCUCCCAGCAGGGUGGUGAGUUAUCCCAGCUCUGCCUGGAUGUUUCCUGAAAUCAAAUUCCUUUAUACUAUAUUAUUCUCAGCCUAACUCAGCUCUCAGGCAUUAAGUCCUCUGAGCAGAGAGACAGGAAAAAAUACCUAUAAAUAAGACAAAUCAAUCAUUUAUUGCUAGGCAGUGUUGAUGCCAUCCAUGGUCAGCCUCAUGUUUGAAAACAAAGUCUAAUCAGAAGUAGCUCAACUUUCCUAACAGGCUCAAAUAUUCAAAUGACUAAAAACGUCUCCUCCUCUAGGGGUAGGCCAAAUACAGGUGGUUUCAAGAAACAGGAAUUAUAGGUGAAUUAUAAAACCAAGUGGAAAAAACCGUGGAAGCCAGUCAGAGGGGCUGAGAUCUGUAAGCCCCUGGGUAUUCAGCAUCAUACAAAAGCAGGCUCCCACUUGGCCUGAACAAGCGCUACAUGAGAGGUAAGUCAUUUCUUCAGGAAGUUUAUUUGAGGAAGCCAAUUACUUUGCAAUACAUUCAGUCUGCAAGCAUUUACUGGGAAAAUAUAUAUAUGCAAUGUAUUGGCAACAGCCCAUCUUAAAGUAAGAACUCGAGGCUAAUUCACAUAGAGCGAAGUACUGUAAACCCAGGCACAUAAAUAAGAAACUAUUUUUAUUUAACUACAUAUUAUAUAGGGUACCCUUAAGUCUAUAUACACUAAGCUGGGUAUUUGGCUUGUGGAUUUCGGAAUUUGGCUGCUUAUUUUCUCACUUCUUUGCAUUACCUUGACCUUCAGCUACUCUGUUUGCUACUCUGAUAAACACAGAACUAUUUCUUCUGAUAAAUUACCUAGCUGAAGGCCAGCCAACAGAAGGAAGACACCACAUUUGCUGAGCCAUUACUGGGUUUACUUUGCUAAGGACUGCAGCUUUCUGUAGAGCCAAUUUCUUUCAGUAACAAACUUCCUGGCCUUGAAAACAGAAAAUUUUCUUUAGAAGGAACAUUCUGCUUCAUGUUUUCAUUUUGCUGUUAGUUCUUGGUUUUGUGACAAUGUUCACAAAUAUCUGAGUAGAUUUCAGCAUGCCUUUUAGUGAGCAUGGAAGAGCCAUGGGAAGCUAUUCAGAAUCUCUGCUCCUCAGACAACUGCACUCAUUUAAGCACCAGUAUGAAUGCCAAACCUAUCAAAGCAUCAUAGUAACAGGUCACGCUGACCUUCCCGCAUUUCUAAACUGGUUGUUGUACAUAAGUAAAUUCAACAUCCAGUCUUACUUGCAACCAGGCAGUCUUUGGAUGACUGACUCUUGCUAGCUUGCUCUGGGAGCAAUCUCAAAUCUACCUGGUAGGACUGGAUACGGAGGGUUACAAGGCAUCCUAUUUCACUACUCGCAGGGUGAUGGGCAUCAAAACUAAGAACAACUUCUUGACUCGAUGACUAAAUCGAUACUCCAAAGGGCAAGAAGAGUGAUUAAAAAUACAGUAAAAGUGUAAAUUAAGCCUUUUAAAAGUUAAAAAAAAAAUCAAAUGAAGAAGUUGGAUACAGACUGUGCUCUACAUUUUUAUUACAGCCAGAUGAACAAAAUAUCAACAAAUGGAGGCAAAUAUAAUGAACAUUAUCUGAUAACAUUCUCAGACAUUUCACCCAUGCUUUUCAAGACUGCCCUGUCAUAACUUUUAAAUUCCUCUGGGAUAUGAAUAAUAAUGACAACAGAUUUAGGAAUUUGCCAAGCUUCCUUUGCCAAGAAAUUGUAUCAUUUCUGUUGGAUUCAGAAGAGCAACACUUUGUAAGCGUUCAUCCGAGUACUUGAGUAAAGUGCUUUCUCAGUAAGCAAGUGAUAAUUUAAUUUUGUUACCACAUGCCCUUCUAGAACUUUCCUUUCAGAUUUUAAUUGCUGUGUUAUAAAUUAAUUCAUAAAUUUAGUUAGAAUAGAACACACUAUGAGUUUGUCCCAUACCACAUUCUUCCGCUGAAUAACUGAAUUAAUUCUUAGUUAAGGAAAUAAAUCUUACAGGACUGAUCUGCCUGGAAUAUUUUCACAAAGAAAUUUGCACAAUGAGUUUGUAAAAGCCCUUUAAAAUCAAUUUAAGAGCUAUCUAUUAGGUAUAGCUCAAAGAUGGCAAACACUGCAUUGUGAGAACAGAAAGGUCACCAUUGAAAAGUCUAACGUAACAAGGAAUUAGUUUAUUUACCACUGUAUUUAAGAUGCUAUUUUGAUUUCUGGGAAGCACUCGAUGACUUUAAAAAGAAAUAAGUACAUCUACUGAUUGUUAAAGACUUGUCAGCACUAAGAUACUACGACCAUGGGUUAUAGAGAGGUAGGCUGUUGGUAAACAUUUACUUUAAUGCAUCAAAGUCAGUGGCAUUAGAUUAGUGGUGCCAGGUCACGUAAACUGAAAUGAAAAAAGAAAAAAGCUAAGCACUCCUAUUCUCAGCACGAGUUUGAAACACAAAGUAAGACUAAAUGUGCUGUGCAUUUCAGUUUCCUUGGCCCCUAUAACACUAACGCAGUCACUUCGUAUACAGCUUGGCGCACAAAAGCUUCCUUCUCAGAAAUGCAAGGACAUGUAUGCACUGCUACAGAACCGUUACAGGUGAAAAGGGAGUAAUUUUGCAAUGUCUACCAGCUCCCGGCAAGACAAAUGGUGCAACACAUUCUUAUGUGCUAACAGACUGACCCAAGGUCUACUGAAGUCAAUGAGAAGCCUCACUCUUGGAAAUUCUCCCUCAGACCAAGUGUAAUCAGCUGCCUUCAGAGGCUUAAGGAUUUUAAAAAAAAAUGCUUUUAAUUUAAGACUACAUAUACCAAGAUAUCUACUAAGUUCC